AUGCCGCUCUACUGUUUCUGUCAGCACUCCAUAACUUGCAAGACUUACUUCGAAAUAGCUUUCAAGUUUGUAGUAUUAGCCUGUUUGGUGGCAGCCACCAGCGCUGGCGUCCUACCAGCCACACCUGUGGCCUACCACGCCGCUGCUCCCGUCGCGUACGCAGCCUCCCCCGUGGUGCCCGCUUCUGCUCGUCUCGUCCACGCUCCAAUCUCCUAUGCCGCCCCUGUCGCUAAUAUCGUCGCACCCAUUGCUAAAGUUGCCGUGGAAGAAUACAACUCCCACCCUCAAUACAGUUUCACCUACGACGUACAAGACGGUCUCACCGGUGACUCCAAGACCCAGCACGAGACUCGCGACGGAGACGUCGUCCAGGGCUCCUACUCGGUCGUCGACUCUGACGGCACCAAGCGCACUGUGGAGUACACCGCUGACCCACACAACGGUUUCAACGCUGUCGUACAUAAGGAGCCCCUCGCUGCUGUGAAAGUCGCCGCCUCUGUCGUCGCUAAAGUAGCCCCUGUCGCGUACGCCGCUCAACCUAACUACCAUCACUAAACCGUUAUUUUUACAGUAAUAUUAUUUAUUUUCGUACAUCGAUGAACUGAUAAUGAAUAAGUAAAUUAUUAGAAUCUUAA